AUGGGUGGAAGCCAUUCGUAUGAGAAGAAGGCUAAGUUUGUUAAAGAGCUGAAAUCCAUUGGGUCUGGUAAUAUUAUUCCGCAUAACAGGAAGAUGGAAGGUGAUAAAGCUAAGAAGGACAAUAGCUGCCUUAUGAAAUUUUUGGGCUCGAAUUGGGAUUCUUUUGUAGUUCCAUCAGUUGGUUUUUCAGGUGGUCUAAUGGUGAUUUGGAGGAAUGACUUAGCAGUUUUUUCAAUUAUUGAAGCUUCUUCACAGAUGAUUUUGGGAAAGCUGGAAGUCCACAGCAAAGGCAGCUGGAUUGUGUCUUCGGUGUAUGGCAGUACAUAUGCUAACGAAAGGAAGUGUCUUUGGAUGGAUAUUGGGAGGCAUUGUUCAACUGAUCUCCCUAUGGUAGUAGGUGGGGACUUCAACUGUGUACUUUCCCAAUCGGAAAAAAGAGGAGGGAAAAAGUUUUUCUUAACUCAAGGAUCGAAGGACUUUAAUAACUUCAUGAUCAUCAUUGAUCUUCAUGAGGUGAGAUCGAUGGGACCAAGGUUCACUUGGUGUAACAAAAAAUCUGGUAAUGCCCAGAUAUUGGAGAAGUUGGAUAGAUGUUUGAUUAAUUCCUCUGCUUUAAACAACAUUAAUCUUCAUAUAGUUAAACACUUAUCCCGUAUUGCAUCAGAUCAUUGUCCUAUACUGUUGGACAUCUACAAACCUGUGGAAAAUGGUAGCAAGGAUAUCCGGUAUGAAGAGACCUGGGCAUCUUACCAUGGUGCAGUUUCUUUGGUGAAGAGAAUUUGGCUUAAAAAUUGCUUGGGUGAUCUACCUUCUGCUCUCAAUUUAAAAAUCAAGAGGUCUCUGAAAGGUCUCUUUUACUGGAGUAAGGCAAAGUUCAUGAAUCUGAAUCUUUUAAGAGAUAAAUUAAAAAAUGAAAUUUUGGAAAUUCAGCUGGAGGAGGAUGAAGGGUGGAUCUCUUUUGAUAGAUUACAACUUUUUAGGUUUAAAAUUAAUGAACUUAAUGUUACUUUGGCUAGACUCAACACUUGGUGGAGACAAAGGGCUAAAGCAAGAUGGAUGGACGAAGGUGACUGUAAUUCGUCUUUUUUUCAUACCUUUGCCAAUGCUAGAAGAAGUAACAACUGGAUUAGUCUUAUUAAGACUAAGGAUGAUGAGUGGACAAUACCAUCUGCUGUCAUUAGUAAUGUUGACCAAAUUAUGCUUGAUGUUGAGUUUACUAGGGAGGAGUUACAGGAGGUUUUGGAAAAUUCGGUGAGAAGCAUUUCACCAGGACUGGACGGGGUGACAUUCUCAUUUUUUAAAGAUUUUCAGGACGUGGUUAAAGGUGAUGUUUGGCUAGCUGUUGAUCAUUUCAUGAAGUCAAGAGUUAUGGAUCGGUCUUGGAAAGAGACCUUGAUUGUUUUGAUCCAGAAAAUAAAAAGUCCACAAGAGCCUGUUCACUUCUGCCCUAUCAGUUUGUGUAUGACUAUCUAUAAAAUCAUUGCGAAGAUGCUGCUGAAUAGAUUGGAAAGAGUUAUACAUAUGAUCAUUUUGGUGGACCAAGCAGCUUUGAAUAAAGACCGUUCUUUAUCUGAUCAUGUGCUUUUGGCUAAGGAGGUGUUUAACAAAUUCAGGUGGUCCAAGUCUAGAAGUGGGAUGUUAGCCAUUAAGCUUGACAUGGAACAAGCUUAUGAUAGUAUGGGUUGGCAGAUGUUAAGAAAUGGUUUGGGUAUUUCUAUCUCUCAUUUAGCACCUAGAGUUUCCCACUUACUCUAUGCGGAUGACAUUUUAAUCUUCUCGGAGGCUAAGUUGAAAGAGGUUAAGGAGUUAAAGAAGAUUAUUUCCAGUUAUUAUGCUUGGACGGGACAUAAGGUCAACACUACUAAGUCCAUGAUUCUUUUUGGCAAGAACACCAUGAGGAGUAUUCAGGAAAAGGUUGUUAAGCAGCUCAAUUUCACGGUUGUGAACGAACUCAACUAUCUCGAUGUAAAAAUGAUCUUGAGAAGAAUGAAGGCUUCAGAUUUCCAGGUUUUAUUGGAAGCGGCGGCUAGCAAACUGAAUACUUGGGGAAAAAAGAACAUUUCACUUGAAGGUAAACUGGUUUUAACUAAAUCAGCAUUCCUUUCUCUUCCUAUGUUUUUAUCCACUAUGUCGUUGGUUCCUUUGAGUAUUUUAAAGGAAUUUGAUAAGAUGUGUAGAGGGUUCUUAUGGAGUAAAAAUUAUGGUAAAACUGGCCUGCAUUAUGCAUCUUGGGAUUUACUAUGUAGACCGAAGAAUGAAGGUGGUAGAGGCUUAUUUUUAGCAGUUAUGAAGGUUGGUCCUUUAUGUGCCAAAUUUGCUUGGAAUUUUUACUCAAAGCCAAAUACUCUUUUGAAUCUUAUUCUUAGAGCUAAGUAUGGAGGAGACUUUUGGUCUGGAACAGUGAAGAAAGGAUGUUCUUCGACUUGGAAGAUCAUCACUAUGGGAGCCAUUUUUCUGAAAAAUAUUGUUAGAUGGGAGUAUCCAAUGUGGAAUUCCUAUCAAAAUGACAGGAUUUCUGAUACUAUUGAACUGAAAGGUAAAUUUACGGGAAAGUCAAUUACAACCUUGGCGUAUGAGGAUGUUAUGGUUCAUAUAGAAGAGACUGCUGAGUGGAAUUGGAUGAAGAAACUUAAGUUGAAACCAAAAAUUGAUCUUUUUGGGUGGAGACUUUGUAUAGAUGCCAUUCCCUCUAACUAUUUUCUUGUGAAGAGGAAACUUAACAAUUUCUCUGGUUGUCCAAGGGGUUGCGAUGAAGAUGAAGAUAACAAGCACUUAGUUGGGAAAUGUUCGAAGCUCAGGAAGUUGAAGAAUGUGGUUCAAAGUUGGAUGUAUGAGGCUCAUGGGGUGAUCAUUGAAGGUGACAACCUCAAUAUCAUCAAGAUGCUUCAAAAUGCGGUAAAAAAUUGGAAGAUGGCGGCGGCGGAUGGAAGACGUCCGCCAAUCAUCAGUGUCGGAGACAGUCGAUCGGUAGGAUCUACUGCAGUCAGGGUCCCUCCUCGUAUCAAUCAUUCUAUUUCUCCUCCAGCAUUUGGUGAUUCAAACAGGUUUUUCGAUCUAGAAUCUAAAGGAAGGUUUAAAUCUGCAAAACCCUUUAGUAAUCAUGGAAGCAUUUCAGAAGUAAACUGCUCACGAAAAGAGGUUAAUGUAAUAUCUAUUGAAGGAAUUUCUGAUUUGGUGAAGAAUCCUUUGUCGGGAUCUGAUAAGGCAUUGUCUACUUGCUGGGCAUUAGAAGAAGAAGAAGCUAAAGAACAAGUUAAUGGAAUGACUGGUGUUGCACAAGAGAAAGGAGAUCUAGAGAAAGUCAGAGAAUGUGAAUCAGCCAAUCUGGGAAAUUGUGUUAAUAGGGAGGAUCUGGUCUCUAUCAUCCCUCCGCAUCCUGAAAUGGGAAAUGCAUGGAAUAUGAAGUCUAAAGUUAAAAUCAUAGACUUUGAUUAUGCAGAAGGUUUUUCUAAUAAUGGUACAGUAACGCUUCAUCAACAGAGUGAAAGGGAAUACUCUGAUAGAUUAAUGAAAUCUUUGGAAGUCAAGGUGUUUGGUGAAAAUACUCCUUAG